AUGUCUUCGUCCGAAGACACUCCUCUGCAACAGACUGAAGAUGCCGCCUCUGUCAAGAAACACAAAAAGGGGAACAGCGCCAAAGCAUACAUAUCUAUAAUCCUGCUAGCUGCAGUGCCCUCCAUUAUUUUCUCUGCAGCAACUGCGCUUCUUGUUGUCUUUACAUUCCGCAACCGCGUAAUUCUCGGCGAUGGCUCAGGCGAACUACAGACAUCCCAUGCGUCGGACAAUUUAUCCCUAGCAUCGAGAACUGUCAGAGACUUUAUCAAGACUGGAGGGUCAGAUGCUUACUAUAUCCAAUUCAAUCCGUCUACUCUAACUACGAUUGCCUCUAUUACUGGGAAAUUUGCCCCAUACCUGUCAAGCGCCAUCAUGGGGCUGGCAGCACUUUUCGCUGCAGAUUUUGUUCAAAAGACAUCGCAAAAGGAGCAGAACGACAAGCUAUUAACCCCAAACCAAUUGACGCUACUAAUUGGACUCUUUUCUGGCCGAUUGGAAGAGUUGUGGAAAGCCACUCGUGUUCGGGCGAAUAUGGGGGGUAAAUUCGCGGCCCCAAUUUCACAUACACUUACUAUUCUUAUUAUUGUCACGGUCUUGGGCGUUCUUAUUCCAGCGGUGGAUACUUGGUUUGGCAUUGUUGUCAAGCCAAGCGAGCAAACACAACUAAACUUCACCACCCCUUCAAACCACUCGUUUGGUCGAGGAUUCUUACAGGGAAAAGAUUGCGUUUAUUCCGACUACCACUACCCCUGCGAGGCAUUAAAAGGAUAUGGGGCGGAUGGCAACUUUAUACCAUAUCUCCCCACCGACAAGGAGCCUUUCAAGAUCCUAAACAACAUUUCCACCAAAAAUACCAUCUCUAACAUUUCCUCAAACUCAUCGCAAUCCCUCUUCUAUCUUUCAGAUGCAGCGAUUUCAUCAUCAAAGCUGGACUUUAAAGCCAGCGCCUUCGCCAUCUCUACUCAGUGCGAGAUAAUAAAAGUCCAAUGCCAACAGGGCGAUCGGAAUGUUUUCGACUGUACAAAGCAACUUCCAAAUCGGGCCACCGACGUGACCAAGGUUGGUUUCAAAUUCUACAACGACCCAAGUCUUACGGGGAACAUUUCCUACCCCAAUUAUGCUUUCCUAAACCCGUUGUAUUUUUAUGUCUUCCUCGAAGUUGGAGAACUCUAUGGGCCGGAGGGGCCUGACGUAUUUACUGGCACGUUGGAGUUUGGCUGCUCCAGCACAAUAUUCGAUGCCACCUAUGCGUGGGUGGACGGAUCUAUAGCCCAGUUCAACGUCAGCUCCACGAACGGCUCUAUCGGCGGCGUCAUGGCUGCACCUUUCAUGAACGACAACGCCAACAUCUCUCAGCAAGCCGUAAUCUCUUCCUUGGCAAGACUCAGCGCCAACUACUCGGAUGCUGUCCCUCUCACGGCAGCUGCUUUCUCUUACAGUGCGCUGGCACUAUCCUAUAUCGGGAUGGAGAGUCGAGCAAACAUCAUCGAACAGUCUCGGUCAACGCUGACCCUCACACGCGUCCCAAUCAUACCCUUUUAUAUCCUGAUUACGCUGAAUGCGCUGAUUCAUGACAGCAGUCUUCAAAGGAGAAAGCAUCAGGGCCCAGGCACAGGACUCGGAGAGAUCCCAUGGCUUAUCAGGCCGUACAAAGGUUAUUAA